AUGGAGAGGCGAAAUAAUAUGGCAACAAAUGAAUGGUUUUUGUGGGAACAAAGAAGGCGUUUGGCUGCAACUCAAGUUAUUUGUUUGGUUGUGUAUUGGCUUUUACGGAAAAAGUUUCAAAGGAGAAACUAUGUUAAUCGACUCACUGGACAAUCAACUUUUGAAAGAGAAAUGGUACGAAAUGAACUUAUGAACCAACUUAGGACAAAUCAAAGAUGUCGUGAUAUAACUCGAAUGGGACCAGAGGCUUUCCAAAAUUUAUGUGAGAUUCUUAAAAGGGAUGCUGGUCUUAAGGCAACAAAAAAUGCAUCAGUUGAAGAACAAGUUGCAAAAUUUCUUCACAUAUUAUCACACAAUGUGAGGAAUCGCACGAUUCAGUUUUUUUUUCGUCGCUCCGGUGAAACUACAAGUCACCAUUUCCAUAGUGUGUUAAGGUCAAUAAUCUCGUUAGAAGAAAAAUUUCUCCGACAGCCUAAUGGUUUACAAAUCCCUCCGAAGAUACUUAGCAAUAGUAGGUUCUAUCCAUACUUCAAGAAUUGUGUGGGUGCGAUUGAUGGAACACAUGUUCGUGUGAGAGUACCUACUGAAGACGCUCCAAGAUAUCGUGGUCGAAAGAAUUUUCCAACCACAAAUGUGUUAGCUGCUUGUUCAUUUGACUUGAGAUUCACAUAUGUCUUGCCUGGAUGGGAAGGGACUGCAUCAGACUCGAGAGUAAUUAAGAGUGCAUUUGAAAGAAAGGAUAAGUUGAGAAUCCCUAAAGGUAAAUAUUAUCUUGUUGAUGGUGGAUAUAUGCUACGAGGUGGACUUAUCACGCCUUAUAGAGGUGUUCGAUAUCACUUGAAAGAAUUUGCUUCACAUCGACCUGAAAAUCCUCGGGAAUUGUUUAACUUACGACAUGCGUCGUUACGUAAUGCGAUCGAGAGAGCAUUUGGUGUAUUAAAGAAACGAUUUCCAAUUAUAGGAAGCACAACUGAGCCCACUUACUCAAUCGAAACACAAACAGAGAUUAUCCUUGCAUGUUGCAUUCUGCAUAAUUAUUUAAUGGGCGUUGAUCCUGAUGAAAGACAUAUUGAUGAAGUAGAUCGGGAACUCUUAAACCAAGUUGAAGUUCAAGUUGAAGAUGAAGAUGAAGAUGUAGAUGAUGAUCGAACUCCAAGGGAUAUUGUUGAAGGAGAACAUAUAAGGGACAUCAUUGCAAUGAACAUGUGGAAUGACUAUGUAGCAAAUCAAAUGUGA